CACAGCUGAUGUUCCAAAACGUGAUGUUUUUAGGUUAUGUUGAUUAAUUUUAUGUUUCAAAUUAAACUUAAAAUGACAAUAUUAUUAUUAUAAAAAUUAAAAAUCUUUAUUAGUUCAUAUUUGAAUUUUUCAAGAUGAAGUUCCAUUACAAGUUCAGUAAUCUUCUGGGCUCGGUGUAUAAGAAAGGAAAUGUGUUUUUCUCGCCGGACGGAAACUGUAUAUUCAGUCCAGUUGGGAAUAGAAUCACUGUAUUCGAUCUCAAAAACAACAAAUCAUGGACUCUGCCAGUUGAAAGUCGUUUCAACUUCACCGCAAUUGAUUUAUCUCCAAAUGGAUCCGCCUUGAUUGCUGUCAAUGAAGCUGGUACAGCUUCGGUAGUGAGUAUGGUGAGCAAACAAACGGUGAACAAGUUCGAAUUCAAGAGACCCGUUUGCUGUAUCAAAUUCAGCCCAGAUGGCAAACUUUUUGCUGUUUGCAAGGAAAAUAAUGUUUUCAUCUACAAAGCUCCGGGAAAUUUCACGGGCGAUUACAAUCCUAUGGAAAUGGUGAGAGUUUUCCAUGGAUGUUUCGACGAAACCACUUGCGUCGACUGGACUUCCGAUUCAAGGGUGAUAGCUGUUGGGUCUAAGGAUACGUCAACUAAACUCUACCCAUUGGAAAAGUACACCAACUUCAGGGAGCACACGCUCAGUGCACUUUCCGAUUGUGUGGUGGCUGUGUUCUUUGAAAAAGACUCUUUGGAUGUUACCACCAUUGGAAGAAAUGGUCAGCUGUGCAUAUGGGAAUGUAGCUUGAGCCUCAGCGAUUUGGAGCCCUUCGAUGCUGCUACUGCAGCCCCCAACAAAAAGAAAAUGAAGAAGGAAGGAGAUGGGGAAGAAGAAGAAGACGAUCUCAAUCUUCUAACUGGGGAAUUAAGGCAACAGAUUAUGGAAGAGUUGAAUGAAAAGAAAAAUGAGGAACAAAAAGAGUCGGAAGACACGGAUUCGAAGAAGCGUCUGAUGAAGCUGCUGGCCAAACAUUACCUGUGCGACCAGUUCGGAUUCGAUAAGCCCAAACUGACCUCGGCUGCCUACCAUAAGCAAACUCAUAUAUUGGUCACAGGAUUUUCGAAUGGUGCUUUCCUAAUACACGAACUGCCUGAUGUUAAUCUCAUACAUUCCAUGAGUAUAUCAGAGCAGGCAAUCACAACGGUGUCACUGAACGGGAGCGGAGAGUGGCUGGCCCUGGGCUGCGGGGGUUCGAGUCACGGCCAACUGCUGGUGUGGGAGUGGCAGUCCGAGACAUAUGUGAUGAAGCAGCAGUCGCAUGCGGCUGGCAUGGCGUGUCUCGCCUACUCCAUAGAUGGACAGUACAUUGCAACCGGCGGAGAAGACGGAAAGGUGAAACUAUGGAACACAAGAUCUGGUUUCUGCUUUGUGACAUUCAGUGAGCACACAUCGAGCGUGAGUGCCGUACGUUUCGCCAAUAGUCGCAAGUUCCUCGUUUCUGCCUCGCUUGACGGUACGGUGCGGGCUUUCGAUAUGACUAGGUACCGUAAUUUCCGCACAUUCACGUCGCCCCGCCCUGUGCAGUUUGUGAGCUUGGCUCUGGAUGCCAGUGGAGAAUUCGUUGCAGCCGGCGGACAGGAUGUCUUCGAAAUCUAUCUCUGGUCCAUGAAAGUCGGACGAUUGCUUGAGGUGCUAACAGGUCACGAAGGGCCAGUUGUUGGCUUGGCGUUCAGCCCCGUGUUAUCCAGUACAGCGUUGGCUUCAGUCAGCUGGGACAAAACGUUAAGGCUUUGGAAUGCCAUCGAGUCGGGAGCUCAGAGUGAAACAAUCGUUCUAUCCUCUGACGGUGUAUCGGUGGCGUAUAAGCCAGAUGGCAAAGAGGUGAUAGUGGCGACCCUGAAUGGGCACCUCACUUCUUUCGAGGUGGAGUCUGCGAGUCAGUGCUCGUGUAUCGAGGGUCGCAACGACCUCAGUAGUGGUCGCCUCGAAGCUGAUCUUAUCACUGCUAAGAAAUCGCUGGCUGGCAAGUCAUUCAAUACAGUGUGCUAUUCGGCGGAUGGGGAGUAUGUGAUAGCCGGUGGUCAAUCCAAACACGUGUGCAUCUACUAUGUCAAGGAAGGAUUGCUCACGAAAAAAUUCGAAAUCACCCAGAAUCGGUCAUUGGAUGCUGUUGAUGACUUUAUAAAUCGUCGAAAAAUGACGGAAUUUGGCAAUAUGGCGCUGGUGGAAGAGCGAGAAUUUCACGAUAAGACUGAAAAGACGGCAGUCAAGCUACCCGGAGUCAGGAAGGGAGACAUGGCUGCCAGGUCCAGUAAACCGGAGAUCAGAGUUUUCCAAGUCCAGUUCUCACCUACAGGUCAGUCGUGGGCUGCAGUGACCACAGAAGGUCUACUAAUCUACUCACUGGAUGCUGAAUACAUGUUUGAUCCUUACCAGUUGGAAAUGAACAUAACGCCUCAAACUGUCAAGCAAACUCUCUUGAAGAAGGAAUAUUCCGAAGCAAUCAUGAUGGCCCUCAGAUUGAAUAUGCCCAACGUUACACUCGAAGUUUUUGAAUCGAUUCCGUCUGCUAGCAUUGAAUUGUGCGUGUCAUCCUUACCGCAGCAGUAUGCCCAGAAGAGUCUCGACUUUAUAGCAACGGUGAUGGAAAACAGCCGCCAUAUUGAAUAUUUUAUGAUCUGGCUGGAAAGUCUUCUGCUAAAAUGUGACACCCCUCCACUUAGAACACUUCUUACAGUCCAGCGGUCCGUCACCAGAAAAUAUCACGAUAUUGCCAAAAUAUGUGACUACAACAAGUACACAAUUAAAUUUCUAAAUAGACUUGGAGGUCUGCGGAAUACGAAAAAGAUGGAAGACGAUGAGGAAAGUAUGGAUAUGGAUAGGGAAGAUGAUGAUAACUAUUCAUUAGCUAUGGAAGUAGCUAGCUAGUUUUAUCUAGGAUAAAUAGUUUUAGUUUUGACAAUUUUUAAUUUUUUAUAUUUCUUGUUUUAAUAAACCAUGAGUGUUUGUUACAAUGAA